AUGACAUCGGGCCAAGUCUGGGCUGACACACUCAGUUUUCCAUGGUACGUGUCUGCCGCCAGCUACGUGAUACUUACACGGCCUGCAAUUGACCGAAAUAACAUACGUAUUACUGAGAUUCAGUUGGGCGAAUUCGGAUUGGCGGAAGACGUGGAAAAGAGGAGAUCGGAGCUGUCAGAGCCGGAGUCGUAUGAGUGGUGA